AUGAAAAAGCGAACAAAUGGAUCAGAGCUAAGACUUACCUUCCAGAUAUUGUGGAAAAGUGUACAUCAGGAAGUGGACCUGGACCAGAUAUGGGAACGUGAGGAAGAGAGGACACCCUCCGACAGACUGGUACAAGGAGAUGAAGAAGACCUGUGGGGGUGCAGCCUGGAAGAGAUUAGCAUUGGGGAGGAAAGAGUGGAAACGGAUGGGACAGGUUCAUUACCUGCGAAAUGUGUAACACCUAUUGCUUUAUUAAUCGCAUCCACAGCUGAAGGAGAAGCCAACAUCAAAUCAACUAAUUUCUUGGCGCACUCAACGAAGGUACUGUGGUAG